AUGUUUGCCGGGUUUGCCGUUUGCCCGUACGAGACGCAUGGGAAGCGUCGACAAGCGUCGAGACCACGUUCUGGAACCCCCAACCGAGGCCUGACACUGUCACCAAAUGCAUAUGCAGUGCCUUCGCUCUUAUCAUCUGUCGAGGACCGCAAAGAUAGUCGGUUGGGGGUUCUCGUCUCCUACAGAGACGUGGGAUACGGCCGGGCUGCUUGGGCCUUCGUCGUUUGCAUCCUCAUCCCCCUUGUGUGGACGAUUCCGAUCGGCAUCGUGCAAGCCAUCACGAACAUCCAAUUGGGGUUGAACGUCCUGACCGAGUUCGUCGUCGGCUACAUGUUACCCGGACAUCCCGACGACCAGCCCAACGGCUAUUCCUGUCCAGGUGGCAAGGUGUUCUAUACCGCUUCCAUCAUCUGGGGCGCCAUCGGGCCAGCCCUCAUAACCUGGUUCCUGGCCCGCCGCUACCCCAAGUCCCUAUUCCGAUAUGUCAACGUGCCCCUUAUAUUCGGCGGAGCGGGUUACAUACCACCGGCGACGGCCUACAACGAUCUGUGCUGGGGCGCUGUUGGCAUGACGUUCAACUACUUCAUCCGCCGGCGAUGGACGCCUUGGUGGCUGCAGUACAAUUACGUGACAUCGGUUGUGCUGGACUGCGGCCUCGUGGUGUCGACGAUCAUCAUAUUCUUCACUCUGUAUCUCACUUCGGCUCAACCUCCACAGUGGUUCGGCAAUGUCCAAGUGUACAACACCCUCGACCAGACCGCGUCGGCUAUCAAGAGCGUCGUGGCUGACGGGGAAACGUUUGGCCCGGCGAGUUGGCCGUGA